AUGUAUAUAUUUUUAUAUCUAAGGUACUAUUUAUUUUUAUUAUUUUAUUUUAUAUUUAUUGUUUAUAUAUACAUUUUAGAAAAAAAAAAAAAAUAUAAUAUGAAUAAUUAUAAAAAUUAUUGUUAUGAUGAGAGCAUAAAAGAUGCAUGCAUCCAUGUGAAGGAAAAUCCUUCAUCACAUGAUAAUAAUAAUAAUAAUAUAGAACAUACUAAUAAAAGUUCGAAUGAUUCAUCUACAAAUAUAAUAAGUGCUAAAAAAGUGUCAACUCAUGAACAAAAUGUUCAAAAGGGUACUAAAAAUUAUUAUCUUCAUAAUAAUAAUUACCCAAAUAUAAUUAAGGAAGAAGGAAAUAUUUUUCAACUUGCAUGUAACAAGUUUGUUAAUUUCACACUACACAAACGUUGUUUUGUUUUUUUAAGUUUAUUGAUAGGUUUUUUAUUGUUUAUAUUAGUAAGUAUACCAUUGUACGAAACUAUGAUUGAUAAUAAAUUAGAAACAUCAUUUGGGACCUUUGAUAAUAGUUUAAAAUAUAUUAGAAAUAUUUAUCCUCUAUCAUUUGAAAUAAAAAAAGCAGGUGAUAUCUUAACACAAUCAAGUGACAAGCUAGGAAACAAUACCAAUCAUUUUAUAAACAUUUAUAAAAAAGAGAAAACAGCUACACUUAUGUUUUUUACAGAAAAUAAUAAUGAUGAAAAUCACAUAUUAGAUUAUAAUAUAUUAAAAGAUAUAUUCUUUUUAUUACAAUAUUUUAAACAAAUAAAUAUAAUAAUAGAUCAAAAAGAAAUAUAUUGGAAUGAUAUAUGUAAAAAAUAUGAUACUCCCCUUAGUGGUACCAAAUGUUUUGUCUUAGGUCUUUUUACAAUUAGUGAACUUACAAAUAUAAAUUAUAAUAAUAUAGAGAAAUGGAAUAUAUUUUUUGAUAAUAUAAUAAAAGAGGACACCAAUUAUAUCAAAAAUUUUUUUUCUCAAGCUAUAUACUUUUUACCUAAUUUUUUAUAUAUACCUAAUAAUUUUCUAUAUAAAAUAGAAGAAUCACAAAAUAUGAAUAAUAUAAUAAAUAAUAUAUAUACUAAUAUAAAAGGUCUCCUUUUCGUUUAUACAUUUGAUGAUAAUAUAGAAAAUGAAUUAUUAGAUAAUUGGUAUAGUAAAUUAAAUGAUUAUAUACAAUUAAUUAAUAAUAAUAAAUUAUCUCAUAUUAAUAUUAAAAAUCCUGAUGGAACAAUAUAUACACAUAUUUUAAAAUAUACCAAAUUAUUAAAUGUAUUAACAAUAAAUGAUAAACAGUUACAAUAUGAAGAACAAAAUUCAAUUCUUUUAGGAUUUCAAUCAAAUUAUUUAUUUAUUUUACUUUCAUUAUUAUUUAUAUUUUUUUAUAUAAAUAUUAACCUAUCAACAUUUGUAACAUAUACAAAAAAAGUAGUUUUACUUAUAUGUGUCUAUUUAUUAACUUUUUUUUCUUUAUCAUCUACAUUUUUUAUAUACUUAAUAUUUAAAUUGUAUAUAAUGCGUAUAUUCCUCUUGAAUUAUUUUGUCUUGUUUUUUUUGAGUGUCUUAUUUUGUUGUGUCAAUAUUUUUUAUUAUAACCAAUAUUGUAGGCCAUCCACGAAGGAUUCACAAAAAAAAAAAAAAAAUAAUAACAAUAAUAAUGAUAAUAGUGAUAAUAAUGAUAAUAAUACAUAUGGAAAUACUAAUAAACAUAAUUACCAUUUAUCAUAUCCCAUUAAAGAUAGCCAUUUUGAAACUUCUUAUUACCACCAAGCAACUUAUAAAUCCUUAUAUUUUAAUGGAAUAUUAACCUUUGUUUUAAUAUUGAUAUAUACAGUAGGCCUAUUUUGUAGCUACACAAUUACAAAAUGGUUUUGCUUAAAUACCAUAUUUUCACUUAUAUCUUUAUAUAUUUAUUAUGCCUUCUUUUUUAAUAACAUGUUUUGCUAUUUAUUUUAUCUCAAAGAAAAAACAAUAAAUAAUGACAAUCAUCCAAAUGAUGAAAUUAAAGUAAUUGAUCAUUCUAAAAUGAAUGAUGACGAGGAUAAAAAAGAAAUGAUUAUUUUUUUGAAUGCACAACAAAAGGUAAAUAAUAAUAAUUUGAAUAAUCUUAAGGAAAAUAAUUAUUCGUUCGAAAAUAAUGGCAUCAAUUGGAAUAACGAUAUGUUUAAAAAUAAUGAUAUACAUACAAAUCAUAAUAAAACCAUAUAUACAAAAAAAUGUAUCACAAACCAUUUUGACAAAAUGGAUACUUUUAAAAACAACCCUGAAUAUAAAGAACAUAAAAUUUAUAAUAAACAAAAAUAUAAAGAAAAAACUUUCUACAUUUUUAAAAAAAUAUCACUAUUACUUCUUCUCAUCUUAUCAUUCCUAAUAUUAUAUCUAUAUAUAUUUAUCAAUAAUAAAACAAAUUUUAGUAUUUUUAGAUAUAUGAACAAAAAUUCUAAUGUCAGAAUGUUUAUAGAAAAAUUUGAAGGUAUAGCUAGCCACGUUAUCGAACCGGCUUAUUUAGUAUUGCCUGAAACAUUCAAUUAUGAAAAAGAAGAUAAUUUAAUUAAUGUUGUAAAAUUAAUUGAAGAUUUAAAAAAAGAAAAAUGUAUUUAUGAUCCUAUUAUAUCAUGGAUAACAACAUUUGAGAUUCUAAAAAAUGAUUGUAGAAAUUUAAAUUUUUUUGAUACUCACUAUGAAUUAGAUAAUGAUCCAGAAGAAUGCAUUAAUUAUAAUUUAAAAAAUGUAGGGAAAAAAAAAAAUAAAUUAUAUUUAGAACAAUUAAGAAAACAAUUUUGUAAAAAUAUAGACAUAUCAUUAUGUGAUACAUUUGACAAGAUAAUUUAUAAUUGGAUUCAUUAUAAAAAUGAUGAUAUAUAUGAAAGUCAUAUGUUUCAAAUAAAAACAUCUUAUAAGGAAAAUAUUGAUCAGAUUCUUCCUCAAUAUCAUACAAUAACUCCUCAUAUAUUUUAUGACAACUACAUAAAGAUGGACGAGAAUUAUAACAUUAGGAAUAGCAGGAUAGGUGCCAUAUUUCAUAAUUACCCAAGUUCUUAUAACAAAAAUAUAGAGACAAUUGAAAAAAUAAAUAAUAUUAUUAAAAAUAGUAAUAUAGAGAAUAUAUAUUUUUAUUCAGAAACGUAUGUUUUAUACCAACAAGCUAUGAAAUUUCUUAAAGAAUUCAAAAUUAUGUUCUUUUUUUAUAUAUUCAUCUAUAUUAUUUCUAUAUAUAUAUUUAAUAAAAUAGGAGUAUUAAUAAUUUUUCCAUUUUUAUUAUUUAAUAGUUUAAGUAUGUUAUAUUGUACUUAUUUUUUUUCUAUUAAUACUGAUGCCAUAACAAUUAUAUUAUUAAAAAUAACUACUGCUAUAUCAUUAUCUAACUAUCUAUAUUCCACUUUGUAUUUUAAAGAAACACAAAAUGGUACUCCUCAUUUUGAUAACACAAUAAAGAAAUCGUUACCAUAUUUAUUAUUUCUAAUAUUAUAUUUGAUUAGCUUUAGUGCUGGAGAUUAUAUUUCGAAUGUCGUAAGGUUAUAUAUCUUAAUUCAUGUUCUGUUGUAUAUUUUAUAUUCUAUUACCAUAUUUUGUAUGCAUAGAAUUAUGAAUAAAUAA